AUGAAGACGUUUCACAAAGCAACCUCGUGGUUGAACUGGUACAAAAAGCCUUCUUAUCGUGAUGUCAAGAUAUUCACCCAAUCUACCAACGACAUCGUCGACAAAGGCCAGAGACCGCCCUCCAUCAGCUCACAAUCCGACUCGACUAUUCCAUCAUCCUUGACGCUGGAUCGUGUCCUUGCCAAUAAAACAUGCAGCCCCUUGUCCCUAUACGACUUCUACAUGUAUCUCAAACACAUCGAGAUGUCGCAAGAGAAUCUCGAGUUCUACAUGUGGUAUCAAGAUUAUGAGUCUCGCGUUCGAGCGACACCAAAAUCCGUUACCCCCAGUCAAUCAACAACACCACUGCUGCCUCAGGAUGAAAAGUCCUGUGCUAUUCCCAACUACACAAAAAUCUUGUCUGGUGAUGUACCGGACCUGGAGCAAGGAAGUCAGGAAACCGAAUUCGUCCAAUACAUCGAAACCCUCCUACCCGGACAAGACAUCAAAUCCUGCCGACGUUGCUGGUCCGUCUGGCCCAUGUCUUCCCAGACGUCUGAAAACGCACCUGCUCGAACGCAUACCAACAAAGAAGAACUGCAAAUCAUCACGAACCUGUUCCUCGCGCCCAACUCAGCCAAAGAACUCAACUUGCCCUCAAGCAUGCGCAAAGAAGCACUGGCCGCCAUCGCGAAAUCGGAAUCUCCAGCCUCUUUGGCCCCCGUCGCCGACCACAUUUACUAUCUGCUCAAGAACUGCUCACACCGCAACUUCAUCCGGCUGGGCGUGAAGAACGGCACCUUCGAGACUCUCUGCAUGGUCACCAUAGUGGGCGUCCUGUUCAAUGUACUCGGCUUACUGACCAUGCUCUUGAUCGCUUUCGCCUCACCAUCGAUCCACCACUCAUCGCGUUGGCGAGGUCUUGCUGCGGCACCCUUCUGGAUUAUCGGCUUCUCGUUCCUGCUCGCGGGGAUUCGUGGGUCUUGUUUCCUGCUACUUCUCUUCUCACGCCGGCAAGAACUUCCCUGGGAACGAGUGGAAGAGAACGAAAAGACGCCUACGCAAAAAGCAGCUCAUGCACUGAAAAGGUUCUUGAGCCGCCUGAUGAUUUUUGAGCACAAGAUUCGCGUCAAGGACGAAGGGCUACGGAAUCUCCAACACAAAAUCGUCAUCCAAAGUGUUGUUGGCGCGAUUGUGGCGACGGCGAUUCUGGAGGUCGUGUUUCUUGUUUUACCCGUCUGGAAAUGA